GACAUUUACAGCUUGUUAGAUCAGCAUUAUAAAGAUUAGCUUGAUAUAAAUGAAAUGUCUUACAGCUUCAAAAUAUUAAAAACUAUAUAGAUAGAUUUGAUCUUUAAGUCACAGGGAGCUGAGGAAACGAGUUGGUACAAAAAGAAGGACUUGGACGAUUGGAGGAAAAUUUAGAGGUUGGUUUUCUAGUUAUAGUCAGUUAAAUUCAUGGUUGGUUUUUGUCGGGGCAAAAUGGCAAAAAAACUGAUCACCAAGGUGUUUAAUGAUACCAUCCAUGGUCACAUGGAGUUACACCCACUCCUCAUCAAGAUCAUUGACACACCUCAGUUCCAGAGACUUCGAUUCAUAAAGCAGCUUGGAGGUGUCUACUUUGUUUACCCCGGAGCAUCUCACAACCGCUUUGAACACUCGAUCGGGGUGGGAUACUUAGCAGGAAAACUUGCUGAGGCUCUCAGGUCAAGGCAGAAACUCAAGAUCACUGACAGAGACGUCCUUUGUGUUCAGAUUGCUGGCCUCUGUCAUGACCUGGGUCAUGGACCCUUUUCCCAUCUGUAUGAUGAAAUGUUCCUCCCCAAAGCACUGGAAAAGAAGGAAGAAGAAAUGAGAAGAAAUGGGGAAUUGGGAAAAGAGGAGGAAUGGAAGCAUGAAAAGGGCUCUUGUGACAUGCUAGACCACCUGGUGAAAGAGAAUAAUCUUAAACCAGCGAUGAAGCAGUCUGGACUGAUCCCUGAAAAAGACAUAACAUUCAUUAAGGAGAUGAUUGCUGGACCUCUACAGGAAUCUAAAAACAAGAAGUGGCCGUACAAAGGGCGUAAAGAAGAAAAGUCCUUCCUCUACGAAAUUGUGUCCAACAAAAAAAACGGCGUUGAUGUGGACAAGUUUGACUACUUGGCCAGGGACUCUUCCUACCUGGGGAUCAAGAACAACUUUGACUUUCGUCGCUUCCUGCAGUUUGCCAGAGUGUGUGAGGUUGAAGGCAGGAAAACUAUCUGCACCAGAGACAAGGAGGAGGACAAUAUGUACGACUUGUUCUACACAAGACACUGUCUCCACAAAAGAGCCUGUCAGCACAGAGUAAGCCAAAUCUUACAAGAAAUGAUUGCAGAGGCUUUUGUGAAAGCAGACGGUCACAUUAAGAUUGAAGGAUCAGAAGGAACAAAAGGAUCUAAAGGAUCAAGAGGGCUGUUCACUCUCUCUACAGCCUUUAAGAACAUGGAGGCCUACACAAAGCUCACAGACAACGUGUUUGAGGAAAUACUCAACUCUUCCAGUCCUGAGUUACAAGAGUCAAAAAAGAUUCUGCAAGACAUUGUCUCUCGAAAGAUCUACAAGUUUGUUGGUGAGAGAAAGCCAGAGUACCCCAUUCAGGAUUGGAAAAGCCAGAAAUCUGUCUGGAAAGAAGAAUUGGCUCGAUGCUUACCUAAUGGAGAAAGCAAACUGAAACUAGAUGACUUUGAAAUCCUGGUCAUUAACAUGGACUACGGCAUGAAAGACAAGAACCCUGUCGAACAUAUGCAUUUCUACAGCAAAAAGGAGCCUGACGUGGCAAAGCCAAUGUCCACAGAAAAUGCAUCCAGGAUUCGCACAACGAUCUUUUCUGAGCAGCUGAUCAAGGUCUUCUGUAAGAAGAUUGAUGAACAGAGUGUGGAGGCUGCCAAAAAGCACUUUGAACAGUGGAUGAAGACGAAGCCAAAUCUGUUUGGACCUGAGGAUAAUUUGAGCGAUCCUCCUGCAGUUGACACCAAGGAAAUUACCAAACAACAUGAAUAACACUGAGUAAUAUUCUCAUUCAGACCUAGCACCCAUGUUUUUUCUCGCUUUUAUCAUAUACAUCUGUAUGUACAGCUGUAUCAUUCUUUUAAAAAUCAGUUCCAACAACACACAACAUGUUUUUAUUCUGAGGACAAAGAUACAUCAUGAUAUAUGAUACCACUCUGUACAAUUACGGGGCCUGCAGUCAAUAUGAGACAGUAUCAUUGGCCCAUUUAAUUCACUGUGUUACACUUCUAUCGACUCACACAGAAAACCCAUUCAAAAUUGGAUACUUUUUUUAACAUUAAGGAAAAUAUAUAUCAGUUAUAAAGCCAUAUCUCAAAGAUCACUGGAUCUGGAUCGCUUCUGGGUUUGAAUUUCUGAUCUCUAAACUGAUACAUAGACACACAUAACACUGGAUACUUACACAGCUAGCAGCUGUAUGGCUGUUAAAUACCAUUUAGGUAAAGAAAGCCAUUAUUGAAAUCCAACAAUCAUUGUCUCAAACUGAAUAUAUAAACUGCAUGUUUCUGAAUUGAUUCAGCUUUUGGUCACAUUUAUGCUUCUUUGUAGGUUGUGUAUUCUUUUUGGUCAGGGAAAGAUGUAUAGCACUCCCAACAUGUGUAAUGGAGUGAAUAUUUCACUUGUGGUUUUAUUUAGGGAUUUAUAAUACUCAGUGGUGUUUUAGUUUUGAUGUUAAUCGUUUGAAGAUUGAAGACAUGAGAUUAGAUUAUUUGUCUUUGAGUGGUGUUUAAUGAGAGAUGAUCAUAAGUGAUGUUUUGGUGACUGGUAUUAUCUUAUAUUAUAUUACUUUGUAUCUGCAGUAUUUAUUAUCACUAUUCAAUUUUAAUCUGUUUUAAAAUGAAUCUUAUUUUGGGCAUGUUUUAUAAUGUCAUCUUCUUUUGAGUUUAUGAUUCUUACUUUAAAAACUGGAACUUGUGAAAACCUUUAUUUGCAUCUAAAAACUUGAAAUUCGAAUGAAACAAUAUCUUUUUAAAUGUAUCCAUCAACUACCUUUCUUCGAUGGAUGAUGAAUGUGUUUAAAUGUAUGACACACUUUAAGUGAAGCUAUAAUUGUUUGACGAUUGGUUCUUACAUAAUGCAUCUAUGAGAACCUUUCAAGUGUAUUCCUGUUGUGAUGGGUUCAUAUCUGAUAAAAUCUGCAUAUAUUCAAAAUAAACAUCAGAGAAAAUCCUGAGUUCAA